AAGACACUGAAUGUUAUAGAUUUUUGCCUCUUGCUCUAGAACACAAUAUUUCAAUAACAUGCAAAAAUAUGAGAAAUUAGAGAAAAUUGGAGAAGGAACCUAUGGAACAGUGUUCAAAGCCAAAAAUAGAGAAACACAUGAAGUUGUAGCCCUCAAGAGAGUUCGUCUGGAUGAUGAUGAUGAGGGGGUACCAAGUUCAGCGCUGAGAGAAAUCUGUCUUCUAAAGGAGCUGAAACACAAAAAUAUUGUUAGACUACAUGAUGUACUACACAGUGAAAAGAAGCUCACCUUAGUGUUUGAAUACUGUGACCAGGACCUGAAAAAGUACUUUGACAGUUGUAAUGGAGAAAUUGAUCAGGACACUGUACAGUCCUUCUUGUACCAGUUAUUACGAGGCCUGGCGUUCUGUCACAGUAACAAUGUCUUACAUCGGGACCUGAAGCCUCAGAAUCUCCUUAUUAACAAGAAUGGGGAGCUUAAAUUAGCAGACUUUGGCCUUGCCCGAGCUUUCGGCAUUCCGGUGCGGUUUUACAGUGCUGAGGUGGUGACACUAUGGUACCGCCCCCCAGAUGUCCUGUUUGGAGCCAAGAUGUACUCCACCUCCAUUGACAUGUGGUCAGCCGGCUGCAUAUUUGCGGAAUUAGCAAAUGCAGGACGACCACUAUUUCCAGGGAAUGAUGUUGAUGACCAACUAAAGAGGAUUUUCAAACUUCUGGGAACUCCCACGGAGGAGACAUGGCCUAACAUUACACAACUCCCAGACUACAAACCUUUCCAGUUGUAUCAUGUGAAUACCACUUGGCAACAAGUUGUGCCGAACCUGAACUCAAGGGGGAGAGAACUCUUACAGAGAUUGUUGGUGUGUAACCCUCCAGUGAGGAUCUCAGCAGAGGAAGGGAUGCAGCAUCCAUACUUCAGUGAUCUCAACCCCGGAAUAAAGCUCUCCUACGACAACAGUAUUGGAGUACAGACUCGAUGAAACAACUUCCACCUUCCAUUGUCAAGCCAAUAUCCUCAAAGCGAUCAAAGAUCAUGUAACUGAUAGUGGAUUCCCCAUCAAUACAAACAUACAGUAGACUAUGAUUACAAAGGACAUGUCCGCAGUGUUUUGUUAUCCAUUUUAGGACUUUCCCCAGUGUUUCCCCGACAUUCCUGGUCGCGAGACCAUUUACUUUGUAUGAUGUACAGUAUAUAAUGUCACAGUGGUUACGCUCUAGUCAUUGUUAAUAACAUGUCCGGAGGGAAUUUAUUUUUAGCUCAGUAGAUAGAUCUCUGUAAAAAUAUACGUUAUGGUCCUUUGGAAAAAGUUUCCUAAGUAAAGUUGUAAUUUCAUUG